AUUGAAAUAGAGAAAAAACGCGAAUUUUCAUUUAUUAGUCACUGUAAAUAUUUGAUAAGAUUUGAGAUAGGUUACCUAAAUUUUCCAGUUUGGUGACAGCUUCGCUUUCAUAACAAGAAGCGCUUGUGCGUGGUGGGCGUGGCUUACCGCAGACACGUCAUACGUAGCGCUGCCGUCGGUCGCCGGCUGUCGCUAGGAUACCGGGGAUGCCUUCAGUUCCGGACGUUACUGUACAAGUUUACAGUGAACCUAUUUUGAGUGAGUUAUGGCGAAAUCGUCUGCUGAACCGAUAACGAUGCCUUCCCCUGGACGCUGGGACUGGAACGAUGAAACAAAAACCCUGGAGUUCAUACGUUUCGAAGCCAAAGGAGAGGUGAAAGAGAAGAAGAAAAAAACAAAAACAUCUAAAUCCCAGGAGCAGUCCAGAAAGCCUCUGGAGAAGUGGCAAAAGAAUAUGGUGCGUCCCGCUCAACUGGAUGCCUUCAAGGCCUCAAUAAAAAGCUCGCAAAUGGAAUGUGUCACGAUUCAGGAUAUUAAAUUGGCAGCAGUCUGCUUGCUAAACAAGAACGACGGGUUUCCCAUCCCUCCACGUUUUCUGUCCCUGCUAAAGAGCAGAGAGCUGGACGAGCUUCUCGCCAAUCUCCUGCUCUACUUUUCUUGCUUCUUUGAGAGGAAAGCUCUGGAGGAAAUCCCGACGUUCGUCAUUGCCGGGCCUUCGUUACUCGGUGACUCUGAGACGCAGAUGACUGCUAAGCUGGAGCUGGCACAAAAACAGCUUGCUGUCUGUUACUUCAGGCUCCAGCUGAAGCUGCUUCCUCAUCAGCACCAGAUUUCUGACAGAAUCAGGAUGUCCUUAAACGCGUCCAUUGACCGUGACAUGCAACUAAAUGAGUGUCUCCACAGCUUUUACAGCUAUGCUGCGUGGGUGACCUUUGAGAGGCGGGGCCUAAAGGCCGUUCGGACGGAGAUUGGACGGUUGUUCGGCUCGAACAUGUUUAGCCCCGCUCUGAAUGAAUCAAAAGAAGGUCAGAAAGACCAGGAGAGUUCACAGAAGAGUCAGUCUAAGUUUCUGAACUCCAGACAAACAUCACUGAAUAACUGGAAGUCAAGCCGUCUCCCUCCCCUGAACAAAAUCAUAACCCAGCGUUCCCCGCUGAUGAUCUCUCUGAUGCCUACUCCGCAAGAAAAGGCCCCUCACCUGUUUGAGCGCUCCAGAGGUCCUAAAGUGCCCUCGACUGAAGACCGUGAUUCAGAGGCUGUGAUGGAGGCGGUCAAAAAGCAGCUUGAAGAGCGGCUGAAGUCUCUGAGCUUUGGAAUCCUUGGAAAGCCUUUGAGCCAGUUCAGCUCCGAGACGCUGAAGCCUCAAGGAGGCCCGAGUGAAGAGGAGACCGAGAAUGAGGGAGACGAGGAGGGAGUCGGGAGAAACAAAACCUCCGUCACCGGCCAAAGAUCUCUCACCACGGCUACAGACAAACGCCUGCGCUCUAGCCGAGCUGACUUAGUCUCCAGAGCUACCACUGAAGCCGUGUCCUCAGACACUGAAUAAAUCUGAAAAACGGA